GUUUCAUGUCGUUAUAACCCUCUUUCACGUGAAAAUGAGUAUGUACACGGAUCCGUUGAGUUUAAACGAACAUCGUUUAUUUCAAGAAUUAAAACACAGUUUACCGUCAAACAUCAAAGACACGCGAAAUAUCUUAGAAAUACGUGACAAUGUGUUAUAUGUGUGGAACGCGAAGGAUUUUUGUGUGGUAACAUUAAACGUUGCCGCAACGUAUGGAAAAAUUGGAGAAGACGUUCCAUAUCAAAAACUUCGUCUUACCGAUCCCCCAAUCUUCGAAAUCAAAAAUCUAUUAAUCAACGAAACUGGAACGCAACUUGCACUAUGGGGUAGCCUAGGUAUAGUACUUGUGAAGCUUCCUAAGCGAUGGGGCAAGGAGGGGAUGUUCCAAGGCGGCAAAGAGGAAAUAACUUGUAUGGUUAACAAAUUCGAUCAUUUUAACGCAACGGUAGAGAUACGGAAGGCAAGAUGGCAUCCUGGUUCUACGAAUGACUCCCACUUACUGGUUCUGACAUCCGAAAAUACGUUUCGUUUAUACGAGUGCGAACUCGGUAGCACGCCAAGGCUCAUAAAAUGUUGGAAGGUCGGUCGUAUGCCAUUGGGCUCACCAUCAAAACUACCGGACUUUGCCUCCCUCGGCGACACCGCGGUGGACUUUGACUUUGCUACACCUACUCUUCGUAAACCGGAAAUGUUUGCCGGCAAAGACAUUAACAAGAACAAUGCGGUUGAUUGGAAUCAGAUCGAAUGGCCCAUUCUAGUUCUCCGUGGCAACGGAGAGGUGCUCAUUGUUCGUGGCAAUGUUUUGCUCGAUGAUCAUGAAAGCCCAGUGGUAUCAGGAUCACUCUCUAUGUAUCCUCCAGCCGACGACAAUUAUGGGAUAGACUCGUGUUCCAUAAUGUGCAUACAAACUACACCGCCGAUAGUGGUUAUCGCUACGUGUAGUGGAAAGAUUUAUCACGUGAUAUUGUUGAAAGAAGAAUCAGACGAUGACAACGAUGACGACAGAAGGACGUGGUCACAAUACAGUUCCACCUAUAGUCUUCGCAUACCAGACGAUGCCCUUUAUGUCUACGAAUGUGUUGAGAUCGAACUGGGACUCUUUUUCGCGGACAACGAUGAAAAAUACAAUUGCCCGAUACACCUCCGUUGCGACAAGGGUAACAAGUCCAGGUACUUUUGUUCUCACAAUGCCGGAAUCCAUAUGGUCAGUUUACCAAUGGUUUCUCAAUUGGAGGAAUUCAUUAACACUUCGGAAGACAAUGACGAUGACCGUCUACCGUCGCUGUCGAAUCAAUCCAGUUCGCAGUACUUGAUUUGUAGAAGAACUAAGCACACAGGAGUAAACGAAGCUACGUCGAUUCUUGGCUUUGGACUUCUUCAAGAACCUUGUGUCUUGGUGGCUUUGUUGCACACCGGUGACAUUGUUGCGCGUUCUGUCAUCGAUCUCCAUUACUUUCCGCAGAUCGAACCACCGGAGCCCAUAAUUAAUACAGAAAAAAAAGUGAACAAAGAAGAUUUCGAUGUCUAUAUAAAAAAAUCGUUGAAACGCGAGACUUCUCAGCCGAUUAUAAAAAUUGGAUCGAAGUCAAUGUCACCGCGAGAAUGUUUGAAGCUUUUGUAUCACGCGACUGACAUCUUUCGCACAGAACACUUUGUCAGACACGACAAUGUGAGAAAGGACAUCAGUAAUAAGGUGCUUGCGUUGAAAGUUAUGAAAUCUCAUCUGCUGAAAGAAUUGGGCAUUUUAAUGGAGGCGAAAAAAGAAUUGCAGCAGACUGCCGAACGCUUGGCUGAACGUUACGAAGAUAUUAAAGACGAACAGGAAAAAUUAGCACAAAGAGCAAAAGAAGUAUUACGAUUAGUAAAUUAUAAAGAACCUUCUAUCACUCCCAUUGAAAGAGCAGAAGCUAAAGAAUUGAGGAAAAUGGAGAUGAAGAUAGAGGAAAUAAAAAUUCGACUAUUAGAACUGAGAAAAAAAUUAGAACGACAGACAGAGCAUAUAGAGAACGAUGAACACAGCGAAAAGAGAAAAGAAAUUGUUUUUAAACGCGAUCAAGAGAAAACUAUUAAAAAUACCCUUGGACAUAUGACAAAAGAUAUACAAACAUUAAUUGCCGAAGUUAAGAAACUUGAAGAGGAAGUAAGUAUUUAGCUCAAACAGUUAACGAAAUAUUACUAAUGUUAUUUAUAAACGAUUGUAAAUUUUUAAUACUUUGCCGCAAAAUAUAGGAUUUACGUACAACAAAAAA